AUGUCCUCCAGAUACGUAUUUGUUGCGUUGCUUGUGUGUUUUUCAGUUAUCAGUGCAGAUUUUAUUGGUAGAGCCCCUUCAUCCUCGACGAGCUCGAUAGCCUCGAGAUUUCAUAAUGUCACAUCAAGCAGCAGUAGUAGUAGCACCUCCUCAACCAGCAGCACGCUAUUACUGUCUGGGAGCAGCAGCUCUACUUUGAGUUCGAGCGCGGCGUCGAGUAGUAGUGGUUCUGGAUCGAGUCGAAGUAGCAUUUCGACCGCCAGCACCUCAACCUCUCUCUCAAGCAGCACCAGCUCAAGUCUGACGGACAGCACACAAAAUCCGCUGAGUUCAAGCGGUAGCACCCGAACAUCGUCUUCUGGUACCACCACUGCAGCUUCAAGCUUGAGGAGCAGCACCACAGGACCAACCACAGCGGCCGUUAACGGGUCAUCAAUCGUAGCUCCGCACAAUUCCUCCUUGACUACGGCACCUGGCAAUGGGACAACGCCUAUGUGUUGUUUCCUGGUUCAGGAUACCGUUACUGAACAGUGGUGGAAUAUUUACAAGUAUAGCUCGAUCCACGCCGUCGUUAACCUGACCUCAUACACUACUUAUAUUACCGAAUGGCCGAACAUCACGACGACUAGAGUCUCGACGAACGUCUACAAAACAAAUACUUCAUUUACAACCAGCACAGAGAUCGGCGUCAAUCCAAUAAAUCUCCUUUACAAUCCGGUCCCAGGACCCACAGAGGCUACGUUCAGCAACAAUGGCACUGCCAUAGUUACUGGCGGGGUUACGGUACAAUCUCCAGCGGCGUUCUACGUGUACACUACCGUGAAGGUUAUUAUGGCAGGAGCUGUAAGGGACCAGAACAACAAUUUCGUUUGUGCAACUGCCUCUGGCAUAUUCGGAAACGUCAAUUCAAAUGCCGAGGGUUACUUUGGCGGUGUUGGCAUAGACGGGUAUCAAUUAGAGCCGACCGAAACAACGACAUGGACAGCCACGACAACUUUUGCUGCCGCGAAUAACACCGAGCUUAUAACGGCUACAAGUACACAAACAUCCACGAAAUACGCGACUACGUAUACUGGCAGUGACGGCCAACCUGUCAGCGCUGCGAAUAUUUCAACCGUGACCGUAAUAUCAUUACCGACCCCCUUCAUUUAUCAGCCACCGCGAGGCACCGCUGGAGCCACCAGUUCAACGAAUUGUCUUGAGAGUGGGAACACCAUAGAUUACGGCUGGGUUCCACAAACGCUUGUUGACUAUCUAGAACCUCAGAAAUACCUCGCUCAAAUCUCUGGUCUAGACUCUUGCAUGCCGGCUGGUCCCUCGAUACUGACUCACCCAUGCCCUCGUGAGUCAAGUACAUCAAUUGUAUACCAAACUGUUGAUGGCACAGAUUUGACUUCUUCGACCGUUAUCUACGCGCCUCCUCCGCAGAUUCAAGCUGUACCUACCCCCUUCGCUGAACCUCAACCACAACCGCAACCACAGCCACAGCCACAUCCUCAACCGCAACCUCAACCGCAACCUCAACCUCAACCGCAACCUCAACCGCAACCUCAACCGCAACCUCAACCGCAACCUCAACCGCAACCUCAACCACAACCACAACCACAGCCUCAACCGGACUCUGCUCCCGGUAUUGGUGCUAUAAUAAACUCCAUAUUUGGCGGCGACUCUGCCCCUACUCCCGCUCCACAACCAGCACCAAUACCAGCGCCCGGCCCUGGACCCGCUCCCCAGCCAGGUCCGGGUCCAGAAAUCGUCAUACCUGGCCCAACUUCUAUCCCCGUAGCUGCAGCUCCCCCAGGGCUGGGAGGACAAACAGUUGAUAUAGGAGGUACUCCAUUUAUCAUUGUCCCUGCUGCGACCACUUUUGCAGUUCCACCUGCAUCACCAGCUCCCAUCAUUCAAGGAGCUAGCGCAUCUGUUAUAAAUGGAGAGCCAUUUAUCGUGAUUCCCGCUGCUACAAAUAUACCAGUAUCGAAUGCACCUCCUGGUCUCACAGGACCCACGACCAUUAUUGGUAAUACUCCAUACAUAAUUGUUCCAGGUCCAACCAACAUCCCGGCUCCCGCUCCUGCCCCUGGGUCUUUCAAUGGCGCCGGAGCAAGUACAACAAUAAUAGGAGGCAUACCAUAUCUUGUUAUUCCAGGGCCGACAAAUAUUCCAGUUGCAAACGCCCCCCCUGGUAUUACUGGAAGCUUGACAGUUAUCAAUAACACACCAUUCAUCGCCAUUGCUGGGCCAACAAAUAUCCCGAUACCAGGAGCGCCGGGUUCAGGGAAUGGUGUCGGCAGUACUACUAUCAUCAAUGGAACCCCAUUCUUAACUAUUCCUGGCCCGACUAGCAUUCCCCUAGCCAAUGCCCCGCCUGGUCUCGCUGGAACCACUACCACCAUAAAUGGUAUCCCGUAUCUCGUUGUUCCAGGGCCUACAACCGUUCCUCUACCCAAUUCCCCAAGCAAUAUACCCGGUGCAAGCACGACGGUGAUCAAUGGGACGCCAUUUCUGAUCUUCCCUUCUGCAACAUCGAUUCCACUCUCUCUUGCCCCGUCGGGGAUCGCAGGGGCAAGUACGACCAUCAUCAAUGGUACGCCCUACCUCGUGAUUCCCGGCCCAACUACCGUCCCAGUUUCUGGAGCGAAACCCACAGGCCUCCCAGGCUCCAUAACAGUGAUAGAUGGAACAACUGAACUCGUCAUUAAUGGGCCGACCACCGUGGCUGUGAAUCCCAGCUACUCGAUUUCGGGAAGAACAACUGUCAUCGACGGCACGACGAUGGUUGUUAUCGAUGGCCCAACUACAGUUCCCUUGAAAAAUCUAGCUAGUACAACUGGAACUAGCGGCACAAGUUCUACUGUCAUGAGCAAUUCAACUACCAAGCCCACCACCAGUUCAUCGACCACGAAUGCAGCGCCUCCAGCACAGUCAACGAAGAAGAAGAGUGCUGCCAGUAAUGGAAAGGGGAUGAGCUCACGGAUCAUGGUUGUUGCUUGGGCUUUUGGGGUCGCGAUGUUGUGA